CCGGCCGCGAGCGGGCGGGGAGGGAGGAGGCGGUAAAGGCGGCGGGCCGGGGGGGAAGAUGCCGCUGGCACAGCUGGCGGACCCGUGGCAGAAGAUGGCUGUGGAGAGCCCGUCCGACAGCACGGAGGAUUAUAUCUUUAUCCUUGAAAUUUAAAAACAUUUGCCAGGAUAUGUCUUGGUGUUGAUGAUCUCUGUUGAACCUUCUCAGUCUCCAGUCUCAGUAUAAUGAGUAUGAUGAAUAUCACUGUACAUAAGUCUUUAUGCACAUCUCUGAUAUUUCCUUAGGAUAAAUGAGGAGCUGAUUCUUAAUCCUGUCACAUUGAAUGGACAGCAAAUUAUGGAUGAACCUAUGGGAGAGGAGGAGAUUAAUCCACAAACUGAAGAAGGCAGUAUCAAAGAAAUUGCAAUCACACAUCAUGUGAAGGAAGGACAUGAAAAGGCAGAUCCUUCCCAGUUUGAGCUUUUAAAAGUGUUGGGGCAGGGAUCAUUUGGUAAGGUUUUCUUAGUCAAAAAAAUCUCCGGCUCUGAUGCUAGACAGCUUUAUGCCAUGAAAGUGUUGAAGAAGGCCACUUUGAAAGUUCGAGACCGUGUUCGGACAAAAAUGGAGCGUGAUAUCUUGGUAGAAGUUAAUCAUCCUUUUAUUGUCAAGUUGCAUUAUGCUUUUCAAACUGAAGGGAAGCUGUAUCUUAUUUUGGAUUUUCUCAGGGGAGGAGAUUUGUUUACACGCUUAUCCAAAGAGGUGAUGUUCACAGAAGAAGAUGUCAAGUUCUACUUGGCUGAACUUGCACUUGCUUUAGACCAUCUCCAUAGCCUGGGAAUAAUCUAUAGAGACUUAAAACCAGAAAACAUACUUCUUGAUGAAGAAGGUCACAUCAAGUUGACAGAUUUUGGCCUAAGUAAGGAGUCUAUUGACCAUGAAAAGAAGGCAUAUUCUUUUUGUGGAACUGUGGAGUACAUGGCUCCAGAAGUAGUUAAUCGGCGAGGUCAUACUCAGAGUGCAGACUGGUGGUCUUUUGGUGUGUUGAUGUUUGAGAUGCUCACUGGUACACUGCCUUUCCAGGGAAAAGAUAGAAAAGAAACAAUGACUAUGAUCCUUAAAGCCAAACUUGGGAUGCCUCAGUUUUUGAGUCCUGAAGCCCAGAGUCUUUUACGAAUGCUUUUCAAGCGAAAUCCUGCCAACAGAUUAGGUGCAGGACCAGAUGGAGUUGAAGAAAUAAAAAGACAUUUAUUUUUCUCAACAAUAGACUGGAAUAAACUGUACAGACGAGAAAUUCAUCCUCCUUUUAAACCUGCAACUGGCAGGCCUGAAGAUACUUUCUAUUUUGAUCCUGAGUUUACUGCAAAAACUCCCAAAGAUUCACCUGGCAUUCCACCUAGUGCUAAUGCACAUCAGCUCUUUCGGGGGUUUAGUUUUGUUGCUAUUACCUCAGAUGAUGAAAACCAAGCUAUGCAGACAGUGGGUGUGCAUUCGAUUGUUCAGCAGCUGCACAGAAACAGCAUCCAGUUUACUGAUGGAUACGAAGUCAAAGAAGAUAUUGGAGUUGGAUCUUAUUCUGUUUGCAAGAGAUGUAUACAUAAAGCCACAAACAUGGAGUUUGCAGUGAAGAUUAUUGAUAAAAGCAAGAGAGAUCCAACAGAAGAAAUUGAAAUUCUUCUUCGUUAUGGACAGCACCCAAACAUCAUUACCCUAAAAGAUGUGUAUGACGAUGGAAAAUACGUGUAUGUUGUGACGGAACUUAUGAAAGGGGGGGAACUGCUGGACAAAAUUCUUCGACAGAAAUUUUUCUCUGAACGAGAGGCCAGUGCUGUCCUGUUCACUAUCACUAAAACUGUUGAGUAUCUUCAUGCACAAGGGGUGGUUCACAGAGACUUGAAACCUAGCAACAUUCUUUAUGUGGACGAAUCCGGCAAUCCAGAAUCUAUUCGAAUCUGUGAUUUUGGCUUUGCCAAACAACUCAGAGCUGAAAAUGGUCUUCUCAUGACUCCUUGUUACACUGCAAAUUUUGUUGCACCAGAGGUUUUAAAACGACAAGGCUAUGACGCUGCUUGCGAUAUAUGGAGUCUUGGUGUCCUCCUGUAUACAAUGCUUACUGGUUACACUCCGUUUGCAAAUGGCCCUGAUGAUACACCAGAGGAAAUACUGGCACGGAUAGGCAGCGGGAAAUUCUCACUCAGUGGUGGUUACUGGAAUUCUGUUUCCGACAAAGCAAAAGACCUGGUGUCCAAGAUGCUUCAUGUUGACCCGCAUCAGAGACUGACUGCUGCCCUCGUGCUCAGACACCCUUGGAUUGUCCACUGGGACCAACUGCCACAAUACCAACUGAACAGACAGGAUGCCCCACAUCUAGUCAAGGGUGCCAUGGCAGCUACCUACUCUGCUUUAAACCGUAACCAGUCACCAGUUUUGGAACCAGUAGGCCGCUCGACUCUUGCUCAGCGAAGAGGUAUUAAGAAAAUCACCUCCACAGCCCUGUGAUGUGACCUCAGUGAGAUCAUUGGUACCAUGGUGUACGCUGAUAGCACAAGUUCUGGCGACAGGUAGCACAUCCUGAGAGACACCUGCAAGCACACACUGUCCCAGCUGGUACCCAUAAUGCUGCUGCUCCUGCUGCUGCUCCCGCUUUCGUCUCUUCUCGCUUUAAAUGAUUGUUAGCAAGUUAGAUUUUCCCGGAGCUUCGGACGAAACGAAAAUGGAAACAAGAUGAAGAUGUAUUCACUGAAUCAAUGAGAAAAAUAAUGAACACAUGAAUACCACCUAAAAUACACUGAAUAAAGUACUCUACACCAUAUAGCAUUAUUUUUAUAGGAACUAUUUCAUGUCCCUGAGAUAUUCUUUGUUAGUUAUAGGGAUGGACAGUUUAUGUUAAGCACUUAGCUUAAACGAUCCGUUUAUAUUAGCACUGUAUCCCUUGUGCCAUCCAACAUUUUGUAUGUUUUUGUAAACAGUUCAUACACAGUACAUUUCUGUACUGCUUUCUUUAAUGUAUACAUGCCUUGUUUAAACUUGCAAUCUCUUACUAUUAAUCAAUUGACGAUUAAAUCUGGUUCAAUAGUUCACCUGGAUUAACAGUAUUGUUGGACAGCCGUGAAAGUGGUCAGAUAGUGGAACAGCUGUUGAAUGUAAUUCCCCAAAAUGUAUAUAUCUUUCCCCAUGUCUCUUUCACUGGUUUGUUGUCUGUUGCUUAAAGUCAGGUGCUCUGUCAGACUUCCCUAGAGAGCUGUUUUGGUAAAGAAAGUCUCGUGUGUGUGGCAUGACAUCAAGAGUACUACACCUGUGAAGUUAGUCCAUAUACUUUGCAACUCCUUCGGUUAUUUUUUCCUUAAGGAAGGAAGUAGUCCUUACGCUUUUAAUCGUAAAUUGUACCUAUAUUUAGUAUUUGGCACAUAAUUGGGAUUUUAUCAAUAUGCUUUAAAGGACUUUAAGAGUCAUCGUGAAGAGUCGUUGGCGAACGAAAUUAGCAACUGGUCAUUGAGGUCUCACUAUUUUAUGUUUAAGUAGAUCAAAAUAAUUUAGCCUAUGAAUAAUAAAUAGUUCAAGAACAGGGUGCUCUUCUGGGGAACAAAGUAAACCAUGAAUAUUAUCUCAUUACAGUGCUCUAUAUUAAACUCUAAUUUGAAUGCAAUAAAGGCCAUGAGCCGCUAUACAAAAUUGGACUCAAAUUAUCUUAUUCUAGGGAACACAGCAUUGAUCAGAUAAAAUCUCUUCUAACCUGAAAUCAUAGCUAAUGUAGGCUAAGUGGAUAUCUAGCAUUGAGUGUUUUAUGAAUCCCUCUUGAUGAUUUAUAGUCAUAAUGCUUCUUUUAACUUUAGAAAUGAUCCAUUUUCAUGAUGGGAACUAGGUCUGCUGAAAUUAUAGUAUUCAUUAUCUAGACAUAAUUUGGUAGCUUAAACAAUUUUAUUAAAUAAAUUUUUAUGUAUCUGUUAUCACUAAGCCAUUUACAUCAGAAAUCCUUUUUUCCUUUUAUAAGCUCUGGAUAUCUCUGGAAGUACAAAACCAAGAAAAUAUGGUUUAUCUAAAUUUCUUAGAGCCUCUUGUUAUUCCUUAAUUUCUCCUCUGUGCAAUUGAAGAGGGGAAAAUCUAUAAUAUUACCCUUGCCUGUGACAAAAAAAAAUUAUUACAUAGAAAACAAAUGUAAAUUUAUCUUCUAAAUAAAAUGUAUCAAAGGAGUGAUUUCAGAAUAUCUAGGGUGAAGGAAAGUUUUUUUUUAAACUUCAGGAGUAUAUGGAUGUUAAACAAAGCUGCUUCCCACUGCCUGGAGAGAAAGCUGCUAUUUUCUUUCUCUCUUUUCAGUGUUUCAAACCGUGGUCAUACCAAAUAUUUGUCACUUUUAAAAGGCUAAUGUAAUUUUGGGCAGAAAAAUGAUUUUCCUUUUAGAUUUUGGACACUGAUGUUAAUCCAUAAUCGCUUGAGUGUAUUGUCCAUCAGUCUUUUAGAACCAGAGGUAAUGUCUAAAUCCGUAUCAAUUCUCCAGUACAUUUCUCUUAUACUGCAUGUAAAGAACCUGACACCCAAAACAUAGACUAAAAUGCUUCUCAUUCCGUUUUCUUUCCUUAUAACACCAUGCUGCCUUCCCUUCAUAUUAUCACCUGACAAGGAACUGAGUUAUUUGAAAGCUGCGUUGUUUCUCGGGGGCAGUCCUGUACCUCUACUGGUAUAGGAAUGCGAGAUGCGUUGCUAUCCGAGAAAUUGCCUCCUUUGCCUAGUUCACCUGCCGGUUUUAGUGAAGAAAAUCUAUAAUUAUACAUUCUUCACAGAACUGAAGAUUAUCGGCCUAAAAUGUACUUCAUGAGCAUAAUUUAUUCCAUCUGUGAUCCUAAUGUUCCUACUGCCUUUGAUUGAACAGUGGACAAACUUGGCAAAUAGUGUGCUCUAAAUGUAAUGCUUGUGCUGAUUGACCUCCCACUGAUUUCUUUAAUCCAACUCUUCCAGACCCUUAUAGUUGUGGUAGUGAGGCCUUUCUCCAUGCUGCUUCUUACCAGGACUUCUACCAGGAGGUUUCGGUUCAGUCAUAAAAAUAUUUUCGUGUGAGAGAACUGACACAUCGGUUCACUUUUACCAACCUCCUGGUUUAUAAUCUGGAAAUACUAUCCCAAAUGGUAGAUUGCAUUUAACAUUACCAAGCACAUCUUGGAAAGUAAGGAUUACGCUACCAUCUGUAUUCUCUCUUCUUUUCAAGUGCUGAUGUUGAAUUAAGGUAAGUUUUUUUUGUCCUUUUGAUCUUCUUAUAGAAUUCAUGUCAGUUCCUUCUAGUUUAUAUAGCAAUGUCAUCUUUCUAACUACAAGAGACCUUUGAUUUGAACACACUGAAUAUGGAUUCACUUAUUCACACCCAACUCCAAAACUACAAAAAUAGGAUUUUUAUAAGCCAUAUUGUUGAGAUGUUAUGUGGUUGGCACACAGGAAAAGUUACUUAGCAAAUUACCCUGGAGUAGGUAUGCGCCCAAGUGUCCCCAUUUGAAAUGUGCUGAACUGCAAAGAGUGGGCUGGAUCAACCACUCCAUAUGAGCUAUUUAGGAAGUGGUUGUUAUUGGGGCUAGGGGCCAUCAAGGGAGAUGGGGGUGGUCUAUUGUCUUUGCCCUGUACUUAACAGGCUUAGGAGACUUGGAGAGGGAGAGAGGAGGGGGAAGGGUUAAACGAAAAGGCUGGAAUGGAUUGGGUAGGAAGGGAGCUGGGGUAACUCCAUCCUGGGAUGAGAAAAACAUUCAAGAUUUGGGGACUCAAUAAGGAUGUGCUUCAUCUUCAUGAAAGCCAGCAGUAUACAUCUCAACAGGGCUUUGCUAGUUUACUUUCUGGCCUUUAUGGAUAACCUAAAUUUGGCAACCCACUUGCUUAUAUUUUAUAGAGAUAAUUCUGUUAUGGUAGAAUGGAACAUUGAGAUUUAUGGAGGCAUUUAGGACAGAUAUCUCAGGAAUGUAAAGGGUCAGAAAAGGUUUGUUGUGAAUGAGUAACAAAAUCUAAUGAAUUCCAUGGCUGACCCUUGGUGCUUAAACCAGGCGGGAGGUUCUAUCUAGUCGUAAGAGUUCUGUCCUCUGAAAGGUCUAAUUUCAUGCCGCUAAGCUUAAACUGGAUGUAUACUUUGAGCCUUAUUUAAAUCACAGAUAAGUUCAUUAAUGAAAAUAGUCCUUUUCACCUCCAGAUUGCUUACAUUUUGCUGGUCUCCCCAAGUGGCCAUUGGUGGAGACCAGUUAAUGAAGGAAUGAGAUUUCACUUUCUUGGGACUGUGGUAUUCUACAGAGCCAUGCUUAACCACUUUUUCUAGUGAAGAAUCUACAGAAUGAUAAUACCUAAAUAUGGAUGGCCAAGAAGAAUUUGUAUCUACAGUGCGCUUUAUGUAUUUUUGACACUGCUGUAUUCUGUGUGAUCGAGUGACUUGUAACUGGUUCUAAUGUGAUUGAGUGUGCUCAAAGAAUUCUAGAAACUAAGUCCACUUAAUUUUCCUAAGCCUUGUCUCACAUUUACCACUUUGAUUCCAGUCUUUAAACUGUUUGUAACAGGGCAUACCAAGGGUUGGAAUGAGAGCCUACUUCCUACCUCUAAAGGCACUUUCCUCAUUAUUUUGCCAUAUAACCUUGAAGUGCAUGAUAAGCUGUUAAAUGUCCAUGACUUCUCCCAGAGCAACUAGUGAAGUAUAUGACAUUGACUAGAGAUUAGUGGAAAGGAAAUUUAGAGACUAAGUUCAGAGGUGGCAAGCCUCAAGAAAUUCUUUUUAGAGCAUGUACCACUUGAGUACAAUAUAUGUAGACGUAUGUAAGAAGAGAGUCUCUGUAAUAGUCCUCUCUAAGUAGAUUAGUUCAAUAUCUAAUGGAAGUGAAAAAUCUUUACUCCUAUUAUCGCUAUAGUACUGAAUGAACUGUAUACUGAGUUUUUUCAAACAAGUAUUUAAAGUAGAACUUUGAGAUACAAAGCAAGGGAAUAAGGAUAAAGGAUUUGGUUUGUGCUUCUCUAAGUGCAGUUUACCAUCUAAAGCUUUGUUUUUUCAUUUUAAAAGAGCUUCAAGGUAUUGCCAUUCCUUAGCAUUCUUAAUAAUUAUGGGUGGUGAGUUUUUAAUUCUUAAAAUUAUGUAUGUGUGUUAGUUUUAUCUUAAUUCUUACCCUAAACAAAAGGGGAGGUAUACAAGGAAGGGAUGUAAUUAUUUUACAUUUUUGGCCAUGGGUGGGAAUGGGGUGGGUAUCUACUUAAUCUGUUUUUAAAAAAGAAAAAAAAUCACAAAUAUUUUUCUACUAUUAUAUAUGAUCUUACUUUAUAUUAGUUUCUUUGUAGUAAGGCAUGCCAGAAGCCCAAGGUACCAUAUUAUGAGUUAAUAUGUAUUGUACCUUUUAUUGAUGGUUAAAUUGCAUCAGAUGCUUGGCAUUGCGCCAUAAUUAUAAAGUGCUUGUAAAGGAUCAAAUAUCACUGAAUACUUUAAAUUGUUUUCCUUCAGAGUCUAAUCUGGGAAGUUUUCAAAUCAUACUAUUAAUGUAUAAGCUCUUUCAGAUGUAUCCAUGAAUAAUCCUGGAACAAUAUUGCUUGUAUUCCUGUCAAAGAACAGGUUUUGUAAUCUUUAAAAGAAACAAAAAUUUAUAUAAUAAAGUUUCAAAUAAAUGCAUGUAUGUCCCUUUA